GAAGGCAAAACACAUAAGGCUUCAUCCGCAGCUCACAACUUCCAAAUUCCGGCCUCCAACACCAUUUCACGGCGGCGAUCCGUCACUCCCUCAGUCGGCACUGCGGUCUUCCUGCGGCUGCGACCUUCUUCGAUUCCAUCUAUUUCAAGACGCCAAAUGUCCUUCAAAUGCUUUGCCAUUUCCAAGUCAUGUACUGAUAUCAUAGUUAUUGAAAGCAAGGCUCCAGAAGCAUUAGGGCCAUAUUCUGAGGGUAUCAUAGCCAACAAUGUUGUAUAUGUGUCUGGCUCCCUAGGUUUAGUUCCUGAGACAGGGGAAUUGAUCUCAGAUGAUAUUGCAGACCAAACUGAGCAGGCCCUCAAAAAUGUUGGUGCAAUAUUGAGAGCUGGAGGGGCUGAUUAUGAUAGAGUGGUUAAGACAACUAUUAUGUUGGCUAAUAUAGCAGACUUUACAUUAGUGAAUCAAAUUUAUGCUAAAUAUUUUCCACAUUCCCCUGCGCCAUCUCGAUCAACAUUUCAAGCUGGAGCAUUACCCAAAAAUGCUAAGAUUAAAAUUGAUGCAAUAGCUGUGAUUUGAAGUAUAUUAUAUAAUUUUAAGGGCACAUGACCUAGUUUUUGAAGGCAUCGUUAUCAUAAAUAUUUAAUAAGUUGGAGAUAGCUUAUCAAGGGAAAAUGCACCAAAUUCUGUUUGGUUUGUGUAUUAUUUACCUUAGGCUUUAUCUUGUUACCAACAUUAUUAUUGUAAUAACUUUACUUUCACUAACAUAUGCUUUCUAAGCUGUGGAAGUGGAAAUAGAACUAAUAGAAGAUGUCUUGGUUUUGG